AGUUUGUUGUGGGCCUAGCUUAAAACCAACCAGGUAGUCCUCGUCGUCGCCGUAGUUCGCAUAGUGCAGAUAAUAAUAAUAGAGAGCACGUUGUUGAUUCGGAAUGAUGAUAUAUUUAACGUGAGAUUCAUCUGGUUGUCCAUCUCAGUGCAUGACUGACUUCCGUUGUAUAAUCAUCCGAGUCUGGUGAAGGAGUUUCAUACGUGCUCAAAUUUUCGAUGAAAAAGAGCAAUACAUACUUUUGACUUUUUCUUGGGAAACCCAAGAUUACACAGUUGACAGGAUUUCCUAUUUAUCAUAAAGUGAUAAGUACGUACGUGGUUUUACAUAGUUUCAGAGUGAAGCACAAAUUAGUUUUAUUGUGACUUUUUCUCAAUUUCAGUACUUUCGUAAUUCUAGUUUUGCUGGAACGUGACACAUUUUUAAGUACUUGGCUAUUAAUUAAGUGUGCGUGUGGUUUUAUAUCGAGUCGUGAUAUAUACUUGUUGUAUGUUGCGGAAUUGCAUCGAAUUGAUGACGAUAAGAAAACAACUUUCUAGUAAAGUCUUAGUUUGGCAUUGAAUGAGGAAUUAGUUGUCGAGAGUUUAAGCAACAAAAGGAAAAUUAGGCCAAACUUUUAUGUAUUGAAUCUGAAAAAUCUUCACAAAAUUCAGUGGUAUGCAAUGAAGCUAGCAAGGUAACUAGGUUGUUCUCGUGUGCUCUCGUUCUGCGGAAAGAUUAGACUUGAUUGGAGGCAAAUUGAGACUUUCGAUCACCAAGUCUCACUGCUGUUGACUUGAUAAUAAUUAACAUGAAGGGUUCCAAAGUGUUGCGAGAAAACUUGUUGGCCAUCCUGACGAUGGCGGGCGUGGGGGCGGGUGUGGCUCUGGGGUUUGGUCUGAGGGCGAGAGAAUCGCCCUGGUCGCCGCGAGACGUGCUCUACGUGAAAUACGUGGGGGAGCUAUUUCUGAGAAUGCUCAAGGCCUUGAUUUUGCCCUUAAUUGUCUCAUCCCUCGUGGCAGCUGUGGGAUCUCUGGACUUGUCUCUGUCUAGAAAAAUCGGCAUUCGUGCCAUAGUUUACUACAUGGUCACCACAAUUAUGGCCGUCGUUUUGGGAAUUAUUCUCGUCACUUCCAUCCGACCGGGGAGGAGUGGUCCACCAGAUGAUGUUGUAGAUGUUCAAGCUCGUAGCAGGGAGACAACAACGGCAGAUACGUUGAUGGAUCUCGUGAGAAAUCUCGUCCCACCAAAUUUGCUCGAAGCAACCAUGAAAACUUAUCAAACGGUACUGAUUCCUCCAGAAGAUCCGGUCGAAAGAAAUAACACGCACAAGAAUGACUGGAGGGUUAAAGGAGAAUUCAGCGAUGGAACAAACAUCCUCGGACUUGUUGCUUUUUCCGUAGUGCUUGGAGUCACUCUUGGAGGUCUGAAGGAAAAAGGAAAACCCUUGCUAGACAUGUUUGUCGCCCUUUCAGAAGCUAUGAUGGUUAUCACUGGCUGGGUCGUGUGGAUCUCUCCGGUCGGCGUCUGUUUCCUCAUCGCAGGACAACUCGUUGAAGAGAAGGAUAUUUCAGAACGGUUUAAAUCCCUCGGGUUAUACUUUGGAACUGUAAUGGCUGGCCUAAUUAUUCACGGACUCAUCACCCUACCCAUCAUCUAUACCGUAUUUACGAAAAAACUUCCCUUCAGAUUCUUGGCAAAUAUGUCACAAGCCAUGGUCACCGCGUUUGGCACGGCUUCCAGCUCAGCCACUUUGCCCGUGACGAUGGAAUGUCUCGAGUCCAAAAACCAUGUUGACCCCAGAGUGUCACGAUUUGUGCUUCCCAUCGGGGCUACCAUUAAUAUGGACGGGACAGCUUUGUAUGAAGCUGUAGCAGCAAUUUGGAUUGCACAAAUGCAUGGAAAACCGAUGGAUGUGGGAAGUAUAAUUGGAAUUAGUAUCGCCUCCACCGCCGCAGCCAUCGGUGCUGCAGGAAUUCCUCAAGCAGGGCUGGUUACGAUGGUCAUGGUCCUCAAUAUUAUUGGACUUCCUGCCGAAUACGUGUCCUAUGUUGUUCCCGUUGACUGGCUCCUGGACCGAUUCCGAACUAUGAUCAACGUGUUGGGCGAUUCCAUUGGAGCUGGGCUCGUUUAUCACAUGAGUAAAGCCGACUUGGACGACAUUGGAUCAGGGGCAUCAGACACGGAGGAAUCCAGUCCCGGUGACUCCAGAACUGAUGUCAGCGUCAUUGAACACAAACAUCAGCAAGCAUUUUCUUGAAUACUUGCCAUUUCUGUUAUCUUAUGUUACACAAUGUUACAUACAUAUGUAAAAUUACGACUCAUGUUUGUCCUGUUGAACCUAAGCUUUAAUUUUGGUUAAUCUUUCGAGACUUUUGUAUAUGCUUAUAAGUAGACUUCGGAAUACUAAAUAUGUUAUGGAUUGGAUGUGAAUGCUCGUUGAUUUGAUUUGUUAUUUCACCAUUUAUUAAUAUACUGUUAAUACGUAUUGUUAUAUAUUCUUCAUAAUGUUGAAAUUGGUAAAUACGUACAUAUGUCACCGCCACGAGCGGAAAUGAACGUGUUCAAUUUACCACAACUAAUAAAACCACAAAAUAAAAAUCACAGAGAGUGUAAACUUCAAAGUUAGUAACUUUUUCAUUAACAGUACAAGAAAUAGUAAUACUGGCGAUGUUACGCUUAGAAAUGUGGCAAAUCGUCUUCAUCUUAACGUUACUAGCACCCGUAAGGACUAAAGGUCAAACAUUAACGUUGUAUCGUGAUGCAUUUACAGAUGGAGAAACGUUGGAACUAAACGUUGAUAAUUGUACCAGUCCACUUCCGUCUGAAUUUCUUGGAAAAAUUGCAUGUGGGAAUUUCAGUGUGACUUGUGCUCGUUUUUACAACGCGGAAAACUGUUUGGGAAACUCUGUUGAGAUUCGGAAAAAUCAAGUGUCGACCCUGCCCUGGAAUUUGAACAGCAUAAAAUCAGUUGGUCCUUGUGAUGACGAAUUAGAAACUAAUUGCACUGUAACGAGUGAUCCAUUCCCAGUCGUGGAGCUAUUUGAGCAUCCUGAUUUUGAAGGUAGAGUAAUUUCACUACCUUUGGAUCAUUGGACCUGUUUUGAAAUAACCGGAGCUUUGAAACGCAAAGUGUCCUCAGUUCGGAUGAGCGCUGAUGUUUGCGUGCAACUUCAUUCCAAAAGUAAAUGUUCCGACGAGGGAUUAGCUGUGAGGAGAAAAAUUCCAACUGCUAUCAAUUUGGGGCAAUGGGGUUUUGAUAAUGAGCCGACGUCCAUAUCUCUCUGCGGAUUCUCUUGUCGUCGGAAAUUAAAUACGUCUCUCAUUUCCACGAGAGCUGAAAGUGACUCGGAUCCAGUACCUCGGUGUCCACAUGUGACCAUUUUUGACGAGAGAAAUUUCACUGGAAAUGCACACCACCUCGUCAUCCGAGAGGACUGCGUCAAUCUUUCCGGAGAUUGGGAGGGCGCAGCCGAGUCGAUUUACUUGUAUCAGAAAUGCGUCAUACUUUACAGUCUUUUCGAUUGUGGAAAAGAAGAAAGCCCUCACGUUCAAAAUGCUGCCGGUCACCAUAAACAGCGACUCGAGUUGGAAGGCACUCUUACCUCACAGGGGUAUAAUUUGGACCUUUACCAUCUGAACGGUCAAGUGAGGUCAAUUGGCCCAUGCGCUGGAAGAAAACCGUCCCAGCCUCUCAUCUCAAUUUAUGUCCUCCUUGGUCUCUUCUCAACUGGAAUAUCAAUAGCGUGGUUGGUCAACAUGAUAGUACGGAAGAGGGACAGGAAAGAACGCCAGAGUCGUAUUUAUCAUGACAAACCUGCAUAAUUUGUAUCGUCUUUUUGUCAUCUUUAAAGAAAAUAUUGCCAUUUUAUGAUAAUAUUUUCACUGGAUUUUGUGUAUUUGAUCGUGUGGAAUUUAUUUCUUGUAAACGAAUAAACCGUGUUUGAGGUAACAC